AUGCGUUAAAUCAAACAGUGAAUUAGCAUAUCUUGCAGGUUACUGCUCAUAAACACAUAAACCACUGUUUAUCGCGACUGACGUCUUCAAGUACGUCAUCAUUUUCAGUCAUGUUCUGUCAUUAUCAGACCGUUGUAAUGACGGUUUGCAUACCGGUUACAACUCGAAGUCGCUUUUAGUUUCAAAAAUCAUGGCGGAUUCUGUUGAGUUGCGUAUGAGCGUUACGUCCAUCAAAAGAGUGGAUCCGUACGUAAAAGACAUUUUAGCUACAGCUACACACGUUGCCCUUUAUAUAUUUAACACCCAAACCAACGAGUGGGAAAAAACAAACACAGAAGGCGCCCUGUUCAUCUACAGCCGCAAUGGGGAACCAUACCAUAGUAUGAUGGUUAUGAACAGACUCAACACGGAUAAUGCCAUCGAGCCCAUCGUAAAGGACUUCGAUUAUCAGAUGCAAGUACCCUUCCUGUUGUACAGAAACUCAAAGAGCAAGAUAUUCGGAAUUUGGUUUUUCAACAGGGAAGAGUGUAUAAGGAUAACGUUUCUCAUAGAAUCUCUGAUGGAGGGGCUGAAAGACAAGAACGACGAGAGGUCGAACAGAAAAGAGUCCAACGUGGACAUCUUCACCAUGCUCUCGAAGGCGCAAGAAGAUUUCAAUAGGACGCCUACAAAGCAAGACAACAUUCCUGCAGCUGCAUAUGUAUCAACACCUAGGGUUCCUGAUGUCACCUCACAGAGUGUGAUGGAUUUUUUUGCCAAAGCUAGUACCAAAACCAGCCAAAAUCCAACUGUUGGAGUAGCUGGUAAUGGAGAGAAUGUGUUGCAGAGGUUAAUGUCAAAUCCUGCUCAUAGUGUAGAACAUAUCGAGAAACAGCAGAGGUCUAUAACGCCUCAAGAACAGAUCAACAUCAGACAGAGGCUGAAUACGGCAAAUGCAGACCGUAGAAGUGUUCCAGUGUCAUUUCCUGAAAAAAAAUUGCACUCUGAGAACGGAUUUCCAGUUAGCGCCUCGCCCUUGCAGUUCCUCAUACAAAAUCAAAAUCAGGGGGCUCAGAAUAACACAACUGAAAAGGACGAUGCUGAUUUGUUGAGAACUUCACCUUUUGCACAGUUUUUAGAAGGUGGUUCCUCAAAACCGACCCUGAUGACGCCGAUGAUGUUUUCAACGUCAAAAUCCAAAGACGGUAACAAUUCUGAUGAGCGAAUAGACCAGUUAGAUCUGUUGACUGAGAAGCAAUUAGCACAAGCGUUGAUAUAUCUCCUCAAAAAUAACUCGGACUUCACGAAGCAGAUCCACGAAGCGUACGUGCAGUCUAUUAUGGAGAAAAUGAAUCCCAGUGGUACCAACAGUCGAUCACUUGUCUAGGUUUACUUUACGCCUAUUUAUUUUAUUAGAUAACUGAUGGGCUGGAAAAGUUGAAGUAUUAUUAAGGACGAGGAAAGCUAGAACAACAUUAUAGAAGAAUGUAUGACGAGUUUCAGAAUCUUGGACUGAGAGUUAUACAAAAUUUAAAAAAUGAUAUGGAAACGAUUGAUUCAAUGACUCGCGUAUUAACGGUUUGGUGGACAUGUCGAAAAGGGUUUAUUAAGGAAUCUAUCAGACCUCUUGCUGCUUUUUGUCUUAUGCAGGGUGUUCCUUAAUGACAUGGGGGUAAAGUUUAAAAAAAAAUCUGUAUUUUAUAACUGUGAUACUACGGUAGAUAUUUUUAUGAAAUUUCCUACACAUACAAAUAAUUCUAUUUAUAAUAGUGGCGUUCGUGCGGGUUUAGCAUUGAAUAUUUUUGCAGAGAAAAAUGGUACAAUGCUUUCUCUUCAAGUAAAAAUUAUUUUUGGAAUCCUCAUUUAUUACUGAGCAAAUUUGAUCUCUUGAUUUUCUUUUGUGCACGCAUGAUUUUCGAUUUAAACAAUAAAAAUCAGUUUACUUCAGUGUCAAAUUGCUAAAAAUCUGAAGCUAUUUAUUGAGUGCGUUUAACAUCAAGGACAGUACAUCCGAUGAGAAAAAAAUAUUUUUGCCAUGCUUAUUCAUUUUUGAACAAAUUUGAUCACUUAACUUUCUUUUAGCAAUUUGACCCUGAAGUUAAACGAUUUUGAUUUUUUUAAGUGAAAACCACGAAAGAAAAUGAAGAUAUUAAAUGUGCUCAGACAUGAAUGAAGGUUUCAAAAAUGAUUUUUAUUUGAAGAGUGGCGUACUAUUUUUUUCUCAAAAAACAACCUAUUGCAAAACCCGUACGGACGACACUGCACUGAUAGAAGCAAUGAAAUUGUUUGUUCAUCAGAAAAUGCACCUUGAUGCAAAGAAGAUGUGUAUCAAAUGUGUUGAAAUAGUAUUACAAUUAUUAUAAAAUAAAGAUUUUUUUCUGCAAAGUGUACUGUUCUCUGAGGUUAAGUCGUUUAGGACAUACGAUUCAUUUCUUGAAGCCGAUCCAAGAAUCAGCUAUUCAAAUAUUAGCACGCCAUCAAUAUAUUUCUUAAGAUUUAUUUAUUCCUUUUUUCUGUUAGAUUACCAUCAGAUUAGACAAGUUUUUUUAUUUAGUAUUCACCUUCAUUUGAAACAAUAUUUGUCCGCAGAAAAUGACGACAGUAUGUGCGUGCUAUAAGCUUUUCCAGCUCUAUGUCAUACAUUUUUAUCCACUGACUAUUGACACACUGUUGAAUGUACGUUGUCAUAAUUUUAUCUCCCUACUUUGUACAUCUAGCCCGGUAAAAAAAACUUCCCAAAACCUUGCAAUAAUUCUAUCAUGGAUGACAAUUUGGAUUUUGUUAACUCAAGUAGUCCUUUUUAGCAUAACAAAAAGUUCCAGAUCUUGUGGUAACAGGUACAUAAAAUUAUUUGAAAAAUAUUUUUAUGUUUGGUCCUGUAAAUUAUAUAGAAAAAGGUUCUGCAGGGUUAUUACGUCAAAAAAACUGACAUAAUUUGACGCUAUUUUUGCUUGCGAUUUGCUCGAAAGACACAAUUUUUUCACAAACUAUUAUUAAGUAUAUUCUUAAAUUAUCACCUGAAACUGUUUACCAUUAAAAAAGUUUUUACAAAAAAUUCUUAUUUUUUGGAAUAUAAAUAUUAUUUAAAUAAAGGUAUAAAGGAAAAUUGUUUAGUAUUUUCAAUGAAGUAUGCUUUCAACUCCUCAUGCUGUGAUUAGUGAGGUUUUAUUCUCUUCAAGAUAUUGUUGAAUAAUGUCAAAAAAUUGUCUUGAAAAUAAUCUAGAAAGCAGAUUUGCUCUUCAGUACAGCAAAUGGAAAAUAAAAGUCUACAAGAGUUUUUUGCUAUGAUGAUUUUGAAAAGAUUUAUGGCCUAAAAUAGUGCUUGACCUCAAAAAAAAAAAAUGUGUACUCACUUUGAAAUAAAUGUUUCCUCACUUUGAAAUAAAUGUUUCCACCAGAUACAUUUUUUGAAGCAAUUUUAACAUAUUCUCGUUAAAAUUUAGCCUUUUCUUUACACCCUUUGUAAUUUUAAUUAAUUAUGGUUGGUAAAUGUCUCAAAAAACUAUUUUGUCAAUCAGAUGCCUCAAAAAUCUCGCAUACGGACAUUCACGCAAUACGAGCUCUAAAAGAAUUGUCAUAAUCUCGUGAAAGCAUGUAAAUAUGAAGAUAUCGUAAACAACCUUUGAAACUUAUUUAUUGAGCCACAAAAUUAUCUUAACUUUUCAUGUACAUAUAGUUUAUUCACUGAAUCAAAGCAGUUACGUCACAAUAAUGACAGUGACGCACUAUAUUGUAUACAGAACCGUAACACAAAAACCCAAAAGUCAAAAAGUUUUUCAAACAUUUUUCAUUUCCUGUCUAUGGUAGGAUCCGGUACUUGUCGUCAUGCUGACAAACAAUAUUGUAAUAACCUAAAUCCAUAUUAUCAUACAUUAUAGAAUUUCUGUCAGGUCAAAAGUAUUCUUUUACUGGGCCAACUCGUUUGUGAUAAGGCUUUAAGGUGGCGUUUUCAAUGACAUUUCAAUGAUUCUUGGAUAAAUUAUUUAAAAACACACGAUAAGUUGUAAUUCCUUUUGAUAGUAUUCUCUGCUGUUAUUAACUUUUUUUCGAAACAAGUCUUUAGGCAGCAAGUUGCUGAUGUAUUUUUAGAGCUUAGCUAGUUUUAUUAUACAAUCGAUAUUUUUACUAUGUGUUUGACAAAAAUAAUUUUUGAAUAUACAUAUAAUGUGAUAGAACAGGAGAAUGUCGUUUUGAAAAUGUCUUCUUGAAUCGUAGCUAAUAUGCUAGAGUUGUAGAUCUAGUAUUUAUAUAAGUACACACGCGACUUGUAAACAUUUUUGAAAAAGUUUAAUAUAUUUUUCGUUUUUAUUAAAUUUCAACGCAGGUUAUAUUAGUUGGACGAUUGUUAAAGUUUUGCAUAAAAUACCGUUGAUUGAAGAAAUGUAUUUUUAUUGUUUAUUUCAUCC